AGUCUCCGCUUAACCACCACGCGAACCGUGUUCCCGCGCUUUUUUGACGUUUAUUUUUUUUAAUUUAAACUUUUUAAUCAGUGUUGCAAUUCCACGGAUUCGCUUCAUCACAUUAAAAUGGAUAUAAGGUGGUGUUUAUUCCUGGCGCUGGUGGCGCUGGCCGCGCAUACGCACGCUGCGGAGGAGGAGGACCGAGUGCCCGACAUGGGCAUCGAGGACGAAGAGGAAGACGAAGUCGCUUUGGAUCAGGAGGAAACUCGGAAUCUCCGGCCACGCGCCUACACUCCCGGCGCCUACUCCAACACAGUUCCUACCGGGUUCAGACCCACGCCGUCUCUAGCUGAACUGGCUGGAUACCAGCAAAGACCACAGCAACAGGAGCAGGAAGCGUACAUCCUGCAGAGACAACAGCAGUACCAAGAGGAGAGACCCCAGAGGCCACCGCCUCAACGCAAGCCCCAGCAACAAGACCACCGUCAAAAGCUCCAGCAGCAGCAAGAAGCAGAAGAAGAACUCGAAGAAGAGAAGGAAGAGCCCGACCGUCUCCAAGCCCUGCUCCAGCAGUCCAAGUUCGACUGCGGAAACAAGCAGUCCGGCUACUACGCCGACGAGGAGCUCAACUGCGAGGUGUUCCACUACUGCCAGGACGCCGUCAAGCACUCCUGGAUCUGCCCUGAAGGAUUCACCUUCCAUCAAGUCCACCUGAUCUGCAUGCCGCCAACCCACGACAACAUCUGCCAGAAAUCCUCGAAGUACCACUUCGUGAACGAGUACCUGUACAGGCCGAUCAACGAAGAAGAGGUCCAGCGGAAACCCAACGUGUCGCUGAAGUACUCCGACCGGUAUUAUCCCGCUGAAGUGUACAGGGACGACCGGUAUGAGGGAGAUGACGAGUCUGAGGAAGAGGAGGAAGCUCCCCGCCGCCAUGCCCCACAACAGCAGCUGCAGCAGCUGCAAGCGAGACCGUCGCCGCGGCCGCAGCAGCCGCAGGUGUUCCGCUCCGCCGAGGAGGUCAACAUCCCUCUAGUUCAGAGGCGCCCGCAGCGCCCAUAUGACUUCGAUUUCUAAACCGCCUGGUGGCCAGAACGUAGAAGAAAAAAAUUGCUGAGGAUACAUUAGGUAGUUAAAAGGAAUUCCUAACUUGACUCUAAUUAAAUAGCCUAAGUAACAAUGAUAAAUUCGGAUAGAUAAAUAGAUAACAGACCGUCAGAUUUUAGGUGCUUUUUUUACUCUUACUAAGGGGUCAUUAGAGUGACAAAAAAAUUGCCAAGUUCGGUGUUCGCGGUUUUAGCCCAGCAGGGUUAGCACAUGAUUGCCGCGAGAGUAUGUCGCCGCGAGAUAGACUACCCGUCCUUGUGUCAUUUAUACAGUUAGAAGAAGACGUGUGAUCUAUCUCGCGGGGCGACAUACUCCCGCGGCAAUCAUGUGCUAGGCCUACUGCUGUUAUUUGACCAUAAUUCAGCAACUAUAACACUGCUACUUAAUGCAUUUUUGCGUAGGUAGUUGGUAGGUAGUGUUGUGUUGAUGGCUAGUAGGAUUUCCAGAGCACCCAAGGAUGCUUCUGUAAACGUAAAUCCUUACUUUUAUAAUUUAUAAAAAGCUACGUAUCCUCAGCUACUUUCUAGUUCGGUUGGUUAGAAGGUUUAGAACCUUAUAUCGCUGAUCGAACAUUCUAGAUUCCGUCUUACCUACCUAAAAGAAUGCUUCACGUCAGCGAUACAGGGUAUUUUACUGUAAAAUAAUACACGCGAACGAAAACAAAAAAGCGUUGGAAGGUACAAUGUUAGGAAAAGUAAUCUCAAAGAGGUAGUACAGUACCGGGUUUUAUUGGUUAAGACUGUAUUUCACCCAAUCUUGGAAUAUUUUAAGUUCGCAAUUAGAAUUUAAGUGCCUCAGCCACAUUAUAAAUAAAUCCCUCACUAUAUCUCCUAUCCGUUAUUUUGUACAGCAAAAGCGUCAGUUGAUAUUGAUACAUCACUGCUAGGGUUAAAUCUUAUUUAUGUUUCUGUACGAUAAAGUAUUUGUUCGUAAUAAGUUACAAAUUAGGUUUAAGCUAGUCUUUAUGUAAGUUUUAAAAUAAAAACAAUGUUUUAAUAA